AUGUCAGAGGGAUACAGUCAUGAUGAACCUACAAGUGUAGUGUAUGGCUCAGAGUCGAAUUCUUAUCCUCUUCCUAUCAAGCAAGAGUAUGAACACAAUAAUGGAAGCAAUUACGGGCCAGUGUAUCCAGCCACUGGAAGAUCCUUGGCGGCCGACACGCCUUCGUCAUCAGCAAAUACACCUACGGCUGAUGUCGUCACGCCUGUAGGAUCACCUACAGGACAGAAACGACACUCCUUGGAUGGAUUGACACCACGUGCAUAUCUCGACGCAACAGUUGUGCCUGUGCUUCUAGAGGGCAUGAAGCAGCUGGCUACAGAGCGCCCUGCGGACCCUCUGACUUGGCUUGGAAACUAUCUGACAACCCGUGCGAGCACAGACCGUAAUCAACAGACAAGAAACACGACAACAUGA